UUUUCGGAAAGUAGGCGUAAGUGUACUAGUUCAAAUGGUAUAAAAAGGACGCACGCAUUCUAAAUUCUGUACUAAGUCUUUAGCAGUAUAAUAAUAAUUUUUUGAUUUACUUAAUUUCUUUUGAGCAUAAAGUAUUUCUUUAUUAUAAACAUGUUUAGAAUGGAAUCAUCGCAUUGCAUUGCUUUUGUGGCUUUACUUUUAUGUUCAUCUGUUCUGUCAGAAUUAUGUGAAAAGACAUUGGAAAGUAACAUAAAAUGGAGCCGCCAUCCGGACGACUGCUCGACAACGUAUAUGUGUUUGCUUGGAAAGGUUGUGUUAUACAGGUGUCCUUCAGGAUACGUCGUUGGUUUAGACGAGGUCACGUGCAUUCUUGCUGGUUCACAAUUUGAUGAUUGUACUGAACUUGAACGUAUUAAGUUAGAAGACGUUGAAAUUGAGCCACUGAAUGUUGCGUCGUCAUGUAAAGAAGGGGAAACUGUGCCUGACAAAAAUAAUUGUGCGAUGUAUUUCGAAUGUGUAGCUCUUCAGGAUGGGAACACUACAAUGCUGUCUCAAGAGUGUGCAUAUCCGUUUCUGUUCGAUACACAGUCUAGAAAAUGCGAGCAUUUCAAAGAUGUAGACUGCCAAUCAGGCCAGACUGUACCAAAGAGUCCAUGUGAUUACAAAGCUCUCCAGUGUACGUCUGCUCAUUGCGUUCCUUGUAAUAUCCGGUUUCCCACGUGCACCGGACUUCCGGACGGAUUGAACCCCUGGGUUGGUCGUGAAUGGACACCAGAUUACGUCAUGUGUGAAGAAGAAAGGGUCACUCUCCAAGGACAAUGCAAAAGUGAGAAGGAACCACGCGUUUUUCAUCCAGAUGAAAAGACAUGCGUUGAAUAUGACGUCAAAAAGAUUGUCGGAUAAGAACAAAAGGACACUCUCACCUGCACCGAAUCUCAACAUACUCAUUGAACACUUAAAUUAAGUUUUAUAAUACUCGAUGAAUAAAUUAUUGUUCAUAGA